AUGGUUUCAUCGAGUCCUCCAUCAUCGCCGAGCCAUGGAUGGAUCAUCUUCGUCCUCGCUAUUCUUGCGAGUUGCGUUUACGCCACAGUUGUCUGUGAAAGUUGCCGUCCCCUUAGCCUCCAAGAAGCCCCAGGUGUUGGCUUGUCUUUGGCACCUGGUUAUGGCUCCGCAAGCAUUCAAUUUGCCAAUGGUACUACCUCCGACGUCGCCUUUUUACACGGAACCGAAGCAUAUACUCAAGCCAUGAAGCUAUGGGACCGUCUCGAUGUUGACCUCACUGUGCGGGACUUCAAGAAGAGUCCUGAGACGAGCACUGCCUCUCCGUUCCUACAACGGCUACGAUCGUGGUAUCAGGGGCGCCUACAGCACCCCGUCGAAACCUCGCCUCAGACUACCACAUACGAGGAACUCGUCCCGAUCGCGGACAUGAUGCGCACACUUUUCAACGAGGCGAAUAAAUCGGUGCCCCUAUCGAACAACUUGGUAUUCCUGUCGAUCCCAAACUUUGAAAAUAGUACCAGUGAUCGCUUCACCUGGCCAAUUCAACAGCUUCUUCAAUUGGCUGGACUCGAACGACUCAGUCUCCAAAGACAGAGCCAGCUCUCACUUCUACACCUCUAUAACCUGGACCAAUGUUGGGGGAUCUGGCUGGAUAUGUUCACCAUGGGUCCUGAUGAAGAGUGUGAAAAAUACAAGGGCAGACACAUACAGUCGAUCCUCUCCGUCCAUCUCGAUCAAUCCUCUCUGAAUUUGCGGUCAAUGAUACGCGAUGACGGUAUAUUCGCUUACGAGCCGGGCUCGAUCAAAACCCUCUGGGCGGAUGAUGAAGAUACCAAACAAGCAAACACGACGUAUUGGGACUGGGUGGGGCAUGCACUUGAAGAUUUCUUGCACGACCACGACGUCAUGUUUGAUCUCCUGCUCCUCUCUGGGACCCAUGUCAAGGCUAGCGAUUUCCAACGAAUCAUCCGAGAUAGGUUCAAAGACAACGAGAAAAUUGUAGCUGAGGACUACUUGCGAGGGUCGAAGGAUCACUUGUUUGCCGCGUCGAGGGGAGCUGCGCAGUUUGCAAGGGGCCGCUUGUGUGCGCCUGAUGCUUGCAUGCCUAACUCGUGGUGCCCGAUUAUGCAGCCGCAGAGGGAUAUGCUGUUUAGUACCUACUCAACAUACUUCUCUCAAACCCAUCGAGCAUUUGUCCCGAUGGUUCCGGAAGUCGCCAUACCAAUCUCACCUCUGGGUCGCGCUUUACUUCCACAAGAGCCUCUUGUCUUUGGUGCGGAUCAUGUCGUACACUUUCUGCACGUCGAUUGUUUUGGUCAUCAGAUCGUCCUUGACCUGGGAGACGAGGCUGCGCACGUGCAGGCUCUCCGAAGGGACCCGAUGGCCAGCUCCAACAGACUAGAAGUCGUCUGCGACCAUCCUAGCCGAUCCAACAGUGUCAUCUUCUCCAUGGGAAAUUCCUUCGCGCGCUCGAAAUUCCAUUCCAUGAUGAUUUCCCGCGCGACAGGCUGGGGCCCCACUAAGCAACGGCGUUUGUCGUCCUUGAAGAACGGCGGGGAUUUUCUGCAUAACAAUAGUGUCGAGGUACACCGCGUGGUCAUUCUGUUCAAACCAUAUCUCAUCUCGAUCUCAUCGCCCGCUUGGAGACUUGAAACUCUGUUUUCAGGGUGA